UUUAAAGUUUUUUUUUUUUCUGAAUUCGUUUUACCCCUGGAAAAGGAAAAGUUAAGCCACUCUGCUCCCCUCUUGCCUCCUGGUUUGGGGUCUGGGGCUGCAGUGCAUUCCGUGUGCAGUUUGCAUGUUUUCCCGGGGAUCCUGGGGGUGCUGCUCCAAGUGCCCAGUGGCUUGACGGCCAGCUGUCUGCAGGAGGCCGCCGGAGGUAGUGAAACUUUCAGGAAUCACUUCCCUCCUUAGGGAUUUCCAGCUCCUCAGGGUCACCCCUUCAUUCUGAGGUUCUUUGUGCUUCAGUUUUUUAAGCUGUGUUCUGUAAUUAAACCCCUUCUGGGUUAAUUUUCCAAAUCUCACUCUGCAUUUAAUUUUGCACUCGCAAGGGGUUUCCUGAUCCUGAAAUGAUUAAAAUAUAACUUGCUCGGACAGCCCCGGUCUUGGGGAAGCACGGUUGGCCCAGCCAGCUGGUGGAGGAGACCCACAGAGGCCACAGAGGAUGAAAUUUUAGAUAUUUUUUUUUACUGAACAAGCCAGAUGAGCAUCCAGUCAUCCAUGACCUUUCCUUAGUUCUGAUCCAGCAGGCUUGAUUGGAAGCGCUUAAAUCAUCUGUUUUCUGAAAGGGAGUUUUGAUCGGUUUAGGAAGCUUGUUGACUCAGUGUUGACUCAAGCUUGUCCUCAGGAGCUGCAGGGUGCUGGGAGUCUCCAAACGUUUCGCAGCUCCUGAGUCCCAGGUUUGAUUCUGACCUGGAGCACCUUCUGUGCGGAGUUUGCAUGUUCUUCCUGGGGCUCUCUCUCUAUCUCCCCCCGCCCCUUCCUGGUGAGAGAUUAAUUGGAGCCCUGAAAUUGUCCCGUGUGUGAAUGCACGUGUGACAGACCUGUGUCCUGUCCGAGGUGUAACCUGACUUGCUGAGUUUGGGGGGUGUGUUUCUGUGCUGUGUGCUCAUGUGACUGACCGAGGAAGAGGAAGAGCGCUGGAGGUCUGCUGCCUGUUUGUUUUUCACUUGAGGGCCAAUGAGGAAGAAGCAGAACGUGAAACAGCGGAGAGCGGAGGAGGCGGCCACAGCGCAGGAGUACGUGGUGGAGAAGAUCAUCGACCGGCGCGUCACGGAGGGGAAGGUGGAGUACUUCCUCAAGUGGAAAGGCUUCCCCGAGCCUCGGCAGUCAGAGUCCCUCCAGACACAAGCUGACAACACCUGGGAGCCGGAAGACAACCUCGACUGCCCGGAGCUGAUCGCCGAGUUCCAGAGCCGCGUGGGAGUCUCCCUGGAGCCGCCGGAGCAGGACAGGGAGCAGCCGGACGGCGGAGAGCAGCAGAGUCAUGGUCAGGAGUCAGCUGAGCCUCCACGUGGAUUUGCCAGCGGACUCGAACCCGAGUGUAUAAUUGGGUCCACAGACUGCGAAGGGGAGCUCAUGUUCCUGCUGAAAUGGAAGGGCUCUGAAGAAGUGGGCUUGGUGCCAGCGAGGGAGGCCAGUGUCCGGUGCCCCGAGGUCGUCAUCGCGUUUUACGAGGAGAGACUGACCUGGCACUCCGGCCACGAAGGCGAACGCCAAUCGUGAAUCCCAGCGUCCUUUCCAGUGCUGACACGUAGGAGGAGAAAACAGGUUUAAAGCUGCUUUCCACUGAAUUUCUGAGCUCAUGUACUUGGUUCUGUUCUCCAAACCUUUCCAUGCUUCUGGGUGUCUGUUUCAAAGAAAGAGGAGUGAUCUCCCACACGCUUUUGGUUCAGUCUCACAGUCCAGGCAAUACGUUUGAUGUAAUGUGAAUGCAGCCGUGAUCUGUGGUUGCUGGCCCUGCUUGUUCUUCUGUAUUUUAUAACCUGCACCAGGUCUGAGCAGCUCUGGGCUUUAAAGGGCUGGUGUCCUCUAGGUUAUACAGGUACUUUCCAAUUAAAGGCUUCUACAAACCUGCAGCAGUAGGUGAUCCAUCUUGCCCAAGUCAUUUGUUACAUUUUUAUAAACUGUGUGUGCUGUUGUGUAGUGCUCUGGGCUUCGAAAGUGUUCAUGAAUGAAGUUGAUAGUUGUCGUGUUUGGAGGAGGGAUGAAAGCUAGCGUUACCAGUGCCCAUUCCUGCUCUGCACGGGUCCCUGACUGUACUGUGCCGACGAUAUGCUUGAAUUCUAAACCGUUCAACAAACACAUGUUUUCAGUUCAGUAAUUCCACUUCAGCUCUGAGGUUUGAAAAUAAAUGACCAGAUUCUGCCCAGAUUCAAAGCCUGCACCAGUUGCAAAGAGGAACUUGAGGCAGUUUUGGGAAAUGUGACCGAACAACACGAAGUGACACGAGAGUCCUGAAACAGCACCUUGCUGCUUUUGUGACGGUUUAGAAGAAGAAACGUCUGUUCUGGGUGCCAGAACAGGCCCCUGGGAAAGGGAGAGCUGCAGGCAGGGCACAGAGCACAUCACCCGCUGUUUUACUUUGUCCUGGUUUUUGUCUCGCUGGGUGUGGCACCCAAGGAGAGCCCCCCAGCAGGAGUGUCAGACAGGCCCUGGCCAGGAGGAAGUGACGUGGGGAAGAUUGUUCGCGUGGCACCACGGCCCUUUCAGUGGGCUGCGUGGCGGGAAGUGAGACUGAUUUGCUUCCCUGGUGCGAGCUGUCUGGCAGUAGCUCUUGAAGAGAAGCCAGUUUUACUGUAAUUCUCAUUUUGCAACUACAGCGCCUUUGUAAACAGCAUAAAAGUUAAAAACUGGAGGCUUGUGAUGAGUAGGGCAUCAUCUCAAAACAUCUAAUAGUGAAUGAUGUCAAAACAACAUCACAGCACAGCUUUGUCAUUUCUCUCCCAGAAAUCUGUAUUUUAUUGUCUCUGAUUUCAGGACAGAUUAAUUUUAAACCGUAGUGUAGAGUAUUGUCUGCUGACGAUGGUUUGAAAUAGUUCAUAGUUUCAUUGUCUUACUGUGUAACUGUCUUUAGUUUGCAAGUUUGCAGUUGUUUUAUUGUUUGACUUCCUUGUAAAGCUCACAUGAUAUGUGUAUAGUAUAUUUCUCACUAGAAGGAACAGGAUGAAAAUGUUGGUCAACUGGUAGAAUUUUUCCUGCCCCUGUUUUUUUUCCUCUUGGGAAAAGAUGUCAGACAAGGAGAACUUCCCCAAAAAACAGCCCUAGAGUCUAUAAAUGGAUUAAAAUGAGAAUAAAAGAGGCUUAAAGUGCCAUUUCAUGGAAAAAAGUAAACAUGGUCUGACUGUGCCAGCAUCAGGCCCCGAUAUUUUGUUCUCUUAUGAACUUUUGGAUACUGCUAACUUAUCUUAAGCAUCAGUGUGUCCUCCCUCUCUGUCAGCGCGGCUCUGUUCUCUGUUCGCUGUGCUGACCUGCGUGAGCUGAGGAGUGCAUCUGUGAUGUGGGGCUGAGGGGGCCACACUGAUCCUUUCAUCUCCCGCUUUGGGCCUCAUGUGGACCUGGCCUUCCAUCAGAUACCCUCUCCUUCCCUGUCCAGACCAGUGCACUCAAGGUGGUGCUGUCUCACUAACAACCAGGCAAGCUCAGUUCACCAGAUUGCCUUCAUUUGUUUUGUUUUUUUUAUGUUUUCCUGCUAACAUCCUCAUUCCAUAUCGAAAGAGAGAGAGAAGAGAAUAUAAAAUAUCACUGAAAAAAACUGUUACCCUUUAUGGAUAAAAAAAUAAAUUGUUAAUUUUAUUCCACUUAAAUUAAAAGCCUGUGUUGAA